GCGGGACGGGGAGGCAGACCGAGAAGCGGCGUCCCCGGGAGGAUAAGAGCCUGAUCCAUUGAGCCCUGCAUCUAGGGCAACACCCCCAAAAUGCUACGCCCGGAAGCUGCGGCUGCUCUGGUGCUGCUCCUGGUGUGGCCGGGGGCCGGAGCGGAGAGGAAUGAGCCUCCCCCGUGCAAGGAGGGUCGGGAGUGCUUCGACUACACGCUCGUCUGCGCCGAAUCCGGCUACGAGGCCCGGCUCUACCCCGCCUCGACCUGGGUUGGGACACGUGUGAACGGCUCCGCCUACCUCCCGUCCGUCGUCAAGAGCUUCUGGCGGCUCUUCCACUACAUCCAAGGCCGAAACCAGCUGAAGGUCCACAUUCCCAUGACCAGCCCAGUGCUGACCCGGGUCAAGGAUGAGCCAGGGAGCCAGGAGUUCGAGGUAUACUUCAUGGUGCCGAGGGCCUUUCAGGAGCUUCCCCCCACCCCCACAGAAGACACGGUGUUCUUGGAGCGCUUCCCGGAGCUGCGCAUCUACGCCCGCUAUUUCGGCGGGUGGCUGACGGAUGAGAACCGCAAGACCCAGCUGCACUAUUUGGACGGGAAACUGAGUCACGACGGCCGGGCCACACAAGCUGGGCAGCAUUUCACGGCCGGCUACAACAGCCCCAUGGAGUUAUUCAAGAGGCGCAAUGAAGUCUGGCGUUUGGCGGAUGGAGACCUGGGCUGCAGUCCAACCUCCCCGGAGUGAAUUCCCGGAGUAUUUCCUGCGGGUGAAGAUCCACCACCGCGCCCUAGCUGCUGCCCACUGCUGUGCUUUGGGGCACCCCCAACCCCACCCUGCUGCAGGGCGAAAUCCAUCCAUCGCUCUCUUGCCAGCUGGCUGUGUCCGUCCCCCCCGCCCCCGACUCAUGGAGAGAGACUCUGGGCCUUUCCCGGUUUGCAAGGCGGGCUCUCCAGUGAUUGGGGAGGAGGUGCUUCACCAGCUGAAUUUCUGCCUGCUGUGUAACCCCUCAAAGGCAUUGCAUUGCUACAAGUAAAAAAAAAAAAAAAAAGGUGGGAGAAGCCAUCACUGCAUUCUGAGGAUGUGUAUUGGCCUUUGCCCCCCUCCCAUUCAUACCUCCUCAUCUCUCCCCCCCCCCGCCACCCACAAUCUGUUCUAGAGUGUAAGCUCCUUGGGGGCAGAGGCUCUGGAAGGUCCUUGGUGCUAAAUAAAGGAACGCCUUCAUAAAGCGUC